AACGUGGGGCAAAGUGGACCCUGGGGGCAAAGUGAAACUUACAAAUAAUUUUGAAGCUACUGGCUCCAUCUCUGAGAGACUCGGCUAAGAACAAUUAAAUUCAUCAGUCUAACUCUCUGUAAAGUUAUUUUUUAACACUUCCAUUAGGUAACCUCAAAAUUAGUGAAAACUUAUUUUCUGUGCAUCCGUUGUAAUAAUACCUGGUAAGUAAAUAACCUGUAACUUAAACUAGCAUAUCAAAAAAUGGUUUCAAAUCUAGUUUGCCUGUUUGUGUUAUCAUAUGACAUAAAACUUAUGAUCAUACUUUGACAUAUAAAUACAAUUCAAUAUUAGUUUUUUAUAUUUAACCUAUUAGAUGCAUGUGGGGCAAAAUGAAAUUUAUUAAUGGGGGCAAAGUGGAACAGAUCCAUGUGGGGCAAAAUGAAAUUUAUUAAUGGGGGCAAAGUGGAAUGGUCCAUAUUUAUAGGUGUAUACAUCUUGUAUUUUAGAAUAAUGGUUCGAAAAUAUAAUCGAAAGACCACCCAACAGAGUUGGAGUGAAGAGUCGAUGAAAAGGGCUAUAGAGGAGGUACUCGGAGGAAGUUUAACAGUCAAAAGUGCAGCGGCAGAAUAUAAUGUGCCAAAAUCGACCCUAUUUAGAAGAGCAAAAAAAGGCAAUGAAGAAAAUGCCUCAACAGCUGCCAAAAAGGGAUUAGGUCGUUUUAGAACUGUAUUCAAUGUGCAGCAAGAAGGGGAAAUCUUAGAAUAUAUUUUAUUGAUGGAAAAGAGACUCUUUGGUCUGAGUCAAAUGGAUUUGCGUUCACUUGCUUAUCAAUUCGCAGUAAGGAAUGGUAUUCCUAAUAACUUCGAUCAAAAAUCAGGUUUGGCAGGACGUGACUGGAUUCAGGGAUUUUUGAAGAGACAUCCACGACUAUCCAUGCGCUUACCAGAAAAAACGUCAGCUGCACGGGCAUCAGCUUUCAAUAGGCCUAACGUAACUAAAUUUUUCGAACUCCUCGGAGAAUUAAUGGACAGGUACAAAUUCUCAGCUAGUCAUAUCUACAAUUGUGAUGAGACAGGUAUAUCUACUGUACCGAACAAACCUGGCAAAAUUAUAUCCCUGAAAGGGAAGAAACAGGUCGGAAUAUUAUCUUCAGCAGAAAGGGGUACCCUUAUUACUGUCGAAAUAUGUUACAAUGCAGCUGGAUUUUACAUCCCACCACUGCUGAUAUUUCCCAGAGUGCGAAGAAAUCCUCUUUUCGAAAAAGGUUUGCCUCCCGAGUCUCUUGUCGAGUGUCACCCAACAGGUUGGAUGCAGUCACACAUUUUUGCUCCAACUUGGUUUAACCAUUUUCUUAAAUACUCAAAACCGACAAAGGAGGAACCUGUUCUUCUCAUCUUAGACGGUCACUCUACUCACACUAAAAACCUAGAACUGGUUCAAAUGUCUAAAGAAAAUAAUGUGCACAUCCUUGUAAUUCCACCACACACUUCCCAUCGGAUGCAACCAUUGGAUGUGUCGUUUAUGUUUCCACUGAGUUCGUAUUAUGGCCAGGAAUGUAAAAAUUGGUUGCGUAACAAUCCUGGAAAGGUGGUUACAAUACACGACAGUGGAGAAUUAUUUGGAAGAGCGUAUCAACGAGCUGCAACCAUACAAAAUGCAUUGAGUGGAUUCAAAAAUACAGGCAUUUGUCCAUAUAACCCCGGAGUAUUCCCCGACGAUCUGUUUGAACCAGCUGAAACAACUAACAGAAAAUCAAACAACGGAAACGGUGAAGAAGAAGAUGCGCCAGAAAAUGAAAGCAACACUCCUCCUGAUCCCAUAGAACGUACACCUUCACCUGGAACAGUUGAAAAUAUUCCACCACAGCCCAAUGAUGCAAAUUCAUCGCCGUUACCUGGCUGUUCUUAUAAACAACAACAAUCUCAGCAGUUAUAUUUCUCCCCACAGGACAUAAUGCCAAUUCCAAAAGCUGAUACGCAGAGACCAAAAAGGAACUAUAAACGAGGGAAGACCAUGAUUCUAACUUCUACCCCUAAUGUAGAGGAACUCAAGGAACACAAUCGAGUGUGCCAAUCGAGGAAGCCAAAGAAUCUUGCUACACGGAAACUUUUUUCAGCUGCAAAAAAAGGGAAGAAGUUGAAGGUAAUCCAAGAGUCGAGCUCAGAUUCCUCUUUGCAAGAAAGUAAAGAUCUAUGUGAUGACUCAUUAUCGAGUUGGAACGAAGACGAUGUGGAUGAAAUAUCAAAGCCUUUGCAUCAAUCCCUUGCUGUUGAGCAAGUGAACGUUGAAGAUAUUAAAGAUGGAGAUUUUUUAAAAGUAAAACUUGCUGAUGUAAAAAGUAAAAGCACAAAAAUAUUUGUUGCUAAAGUUCAACAAAUUGAGGAUACAACAGUUACAGUCUCAUUUAUGCGCCAAUAUAGGCAAAACUUUGACACAUACGUUUUUCCUGAGAUACCUGAUGAAAGUGAAAUAUUUUUCAGCGAAGUUGUCGGUCGUCUACUUAAUCCUAAAAUGCUUCGGCAUGGCCAAAUCAAGUUUGAUAUAAAGUAAAUUUUUUUCAGCAUUAUUUUUUGUGAAUUUUUGCGUAUUAUUAUUGACAAAUACAUAAUUAAAUUAAAUAUAUUGCUCGCCAUCUUGUUGUAUCAUAUUUAUUUAGUUUCUUCAGUUUGCUACUUAGAGUUUCACUUUGCCCCAGGUUGGUUUUCACUUUGCCCCUUAUAAGGGGCAAAGUGAAAUUCUUGCGUAUGUUUACUAAAAAAAUUAUAUUCCGAACAAUUUCAAAUUUUAUGCCCAAUAGAUAUAUACCGUAUCUAAGUUAAUAAAUAUACUAAAAGUCUUGAAGAUAAGGAACUCUAUAAAUCAAAAAAUUAAUUUUUUAUAAGGUGGUCUUUCUUAAGGUGUCCACUUUGCCCCACGUUCCCCUACAGGG